AUGGCGUCCGCCGACGCGGAGAACACGGAGAAGAAGAUGGAGGGUACCAUCGAGGCCGCCCAGGAAUUGCACCAGGACCCGCAGUCACACGUUAACCCGGAUAUCGUUGAGCAAAAGGUCGUCGACGAAGCCAAACAAGCCGGUGCGGCUGCAUACCAAUUUGACCCCAACGCCUCGCCUGAAGAGAAGGCCAAUGCUGCCAAAGGGCGAUUGCCGCCUGAUUUCCAUCAUCCCCAUAAACCCAAGGGUGUUGCUGUAGUUACAGAUAAGGUACGAAUGACUGGAUUUCUGGAUGCGAUCGCGAUGUAUGUGCUAACCCUACCUAGGCCGACGGCAAAGCAGACUAUGACCUCUCCCCCACCGGAAUCUGCGACCGCCAUUAUGGCCGAGGAAGCCACACGAGAAAGUGCGGGUGAAAAGCCCGUCGAUGAGGAUAAUCGAUGGGCGCGCGACAGAACGGGUUGGGCCCCGAAGUUCGUCGAUGAGAAGCUCACGGCGGCUUUGCGUGAUGAAGGUACAUUGCUGGAUCACGAGACGUUUUUGGAGGGGAAAAUCCCCGAUAAGUUCUUUGGCGACUGGUACCACAAUGCCGGGAUUAUCGUCUUCGCUUGUUUGGCGUCGUGGAUAGUCGCCGUGCUAGGCGGUGGUAUCGGUUGGGUUCUCAUGGUCAUGGCAGCAUGCAGCACCUACUACCGUACCUCCAUUCGACGAGUGCGCCGGAACUUCCGUGACGAUAUUAGCCGUGAGAUGUCCAAGCAGCGCCUCGAGACCGACACCGAGAGCCUAGAGUGGAUUAACAGCUUCCUCGUCAAGUUCUGGCCGAUCUACGCCCCCGUUCUCUGCGAUACCAUCAUCAACACUGUCGACCAGGUCCUCAGUACUUCUACCCCCGCCUUCUUGGAUAGCUUGCGCCUCAAGACCUUCGUGCUCGGUACAAAGCCUCCUCGCCUGGAGCACGUCAAGACCUACCCCAAGACUGACCCUGAUACCGUCAUCAUGGACUGGAAGUUCAGCUUCACCCCGAACGACGUAAUGGACCUGACUGCGCGCCAGACUAAGGACAAGAUCAACCCCAAGGUCGUCUUGGAGGUUCGUGUCGGCAAGGGUGUCGUGAGCAAGGGUCUCGACGUGAUUGUCGAGGACAUGGCUUGUUCGGGCUUGAUGCGUGUCAAGGUCAAGCUUCAGAUUCCAUUCCCCCACAUUGAGCGUGUGGAUGUCUGCUUCCUGGACAAGCCCGAAAUCGACUACGCCUGCAAGCCCCUCGGUGGUGAUACCCUUGGAUUUGAUAUCAACUUCAUUCCCGGUCUGGAGUCCUUCAUUAAGGACCAGAUUCAUGCCAACUUGCAGCCUAUGAUGUACGAUCCGAAUGUGUUCCCGAUUGAGAUUGCUAAGAUGCUUGCUGGGAACCCGGUCGACCAGGCUAUUGGUGUGGUCGCGGUUACUCUGCACGGUGCUCAACAGCUCAAGAACCCGGAUAAGUUCUCUGGCACUCCCGAUCCGUACGCCGUGGUGUCUUUGAACAACCGUAAUGAGCUCGGCCGCACGAAGAUCAUCCACGAUACCGACAGCCCCCGCUGGAACGAGACUAUUUACGUGAUUAUUACCUCUUUCUCCGAUGCCUUGUCUAUUGCUGCAUAUGACUGGAACGAAUACCGUAAGGAUAAGGAAAUGGGUGUUGCUAGCUUCGCAUUGGACAAACUCGAGCAGGAGCCUUCCCACGAGGGUAUCUAUCUGGAAGUGCAAGCCAGUGGCCGCCACCGCGGUGCCAUCCAAGCCGAUAUCCGCUUCUUCCCCGUUCUCGAGGGAAGAAAGAACGAGGCUGGUGAGGCUGAACCCGCCCCUGAAAUGAACACCGGCAUUGCCCAAUUCACGGUGGAGCAGGCCAAGGAUCUCGACGGAAGCAAGAGUCUGGUUGGCAAGCUGAACCCUUACGGUGUCCUCCUCCUCAACGGAAAGGAAAUCCAUAUUACUAAAAAGCUCAAGCGCACCAACAACCCGAUCUUCCAGAAUGCCUCCAAGGAGUUCCUCGUCACGGACCGAAAGAACGCUCGUCUGGGUCUUAUCCUCAAGGACGAUCGCGAUAUCAUGCAGGAUCCCAUUAUCGGCCGCUACCAGAUCAAGAUGAACGACAUGCUGAAGAUGAUGGAGCGUGGCCAGCAAUGGUUCCAUCUCCACGGCGCCAAGGAAGGACGUGUCAAGUUGGGUCUCCAGUGGAAGCCCGUCGAGCUGACAGGUGUUGGCAGCGCUGGCUACAUUGACCCCAUUGGUGUCAUGCGCUUCCACUUCAAGCGUGCAACUAACCUGCGCAACCUUGAGGCCAUGGGCAAGUCUGAUCCCUACGCUCGUGUUCUUCUUUCCGGUGUCACUCGUGGUCGCACUGUCACCUUCCGCAACAACCUCAACCCCGAUUGGGACGAGGUCGUCUACGUGCCUAUUCGCAGCGCACGCGAGAAGCUGACCGUGGAGGUCAUGGACGAGGAGACUAUCAACAAGGACCGCACUCUUGGUUGGGCCGAUAUCAAUGCCUCCGACUUUGUUCGCGAGACGGAGAGCGGUGAAUAUCAGAUCGACGACGAGAAGCAGGAUAUCACCAGCAUUCUGAAGAUUAGCGGUGGCUCUCCCAAGGGUGAACUCCACUACAAUGUGGCAUUCUACCCGUCUGUGCCGGUCGUUAACCCCGAGGACGAAGUUGAAGAGGAGGAGGAGGAAUCCUCGGAGCUCCCUGGUACUCCUGGUCCGGACUCCACCGAAUUCCCGAAGAAGGCUCUGCACGCCAAGUCUGCUAGCGUUGACUCGAAGGCUUCGAAGGCCUCCAAGGGUCUGUCUAACGGCGCUGCGCCUAUCACUAACGGAACCACCAAUGGUGAGCCGGCUACUAACGGCCGCGCCAGUCUGGAAACCACUACAUCGCGCCCGAUGACUGGUACCCAGUCUGAGACCGCGUCUCUUCGGUCCGUCAAGUCUAUUCCCCGCACUUUUGUCAGUGCGGAGGAUCUCCCGAAAUAUGAAUCUGGUUUCAUCGUGUUCAAGUUCCACGAGGGCCAGCUGGCCGUUCCCCAUGUUCAGUUGGAGGUCUUGAUGGACGAUUACAUGUUCCCCGCCUAUGUCUCAUCUAAGAUCCACACCACGACCGCCAAGUUCACUGACGUCGGCGAGGCUUUCGUUCGCGAGCUCGAGUUCUCCAAGAUCACCUUGCGUCUGGUUAGCAAGGAUGAUCCCAAGGACUCCAGUGAGGAGCACACAGUCGCCAAGCUGACUGGUGACACGCUACCCACACUGAUGCGCAUGCUGUACACUCCCACCGAGCUCGUCCUCCGCUCGAACUCCGGCGAGGUGAGCAAGGUCACCGUCAGCGCUCGGUACAUUCCGACGGAAAUGAAGCUCGAUCCCACGGAGAGCAUCAACAACAUGGGUACCCUGCGUGUUGACGUGCACGAUGCCGCCGAGCUGCCCGCCGCUGACCGCAAUGGAUUCAGCGACCCAUUCUGCAAGUUCCGCUUGGAUGACGAGACCGUGUUCAAGACCAAGGUCCAGAAGAAGACCCUGCACCCGGCCUGGAACGAGUACUUCGAGACCCCCAUCAAAUCCCGUAUCGGCGCAAAUUUCCACGUGGACGUGUACGACUGGGACUUUGGUGACAAGGCUGACUUCCUCGGCGCCACGGCAAUCGACCUGGAAUCCCUGGAGCCCUUCCAAGCCAAGGAAGUCACCCUGCCCCUCGACGGCAAAUCAGGUGCGAUUCGCCUGAGCCUGCUGUUCAAGCCUACCUACGUGAUCCGCGCCCGCCAAGGCUCCUCCACCUUCUCCGGCACCUUCGCCGUCCCCGGCAAGAUCGUCGGCGCCCCCGUUAAGGGUGUUGGCUUCGUCGGUGGCAACGUCGUCCGCGGCGCCUCUUUCCUCAAGCACGGCCUCAUGUCGCGCAUCCACAAAGACAAAGGCGAAGACACCGCCUCCAUCAUGAACAGCAUCGAGGAACCUGACAACGUCAGGGGCGACCGUCUUACCCCAGCCGCCUCCCUCGUCGAAGGCUCCCCUUCCCCCAGCACCCCGCAGAAGGAACACAGCCGCAACCGCAGCACGGCCUCGCAGUUUGGCGAUCGCCUCAGCGUCUUCGGUGGCGGCGGCUCCGGUGAAAAGGGCUCCGCCAACAUCACCGUCGUCUCCGCUGCGAACUUCGCUACGGACACCAAUCUCCGCGUCAUCAUCCGUCUCCUGGGUUCCAAGGGCGCAAAGGAUGUCCACAAGACCAAGGCCCACAAGAACUCCUCCGGCGCAGUCACCUUCGAUGACUCCUUCCGUAUUCCCAACACUACCGCCGACGCCCAGUACCAGGUCCGCGUUGUUGACCACGCGACCUUCGGAUCGGACGAUGUCCUCGGCGAAGCGCCCUUCUUCGUUGAUGACCAGGGUUCUGUCGCGGGCCAGGACAAGGCUAUCACUGUUGGCGACGGAGUUGUCACCAUUCGUUCCAGCUUUGCGCUUGCAGAUAGUGGUUUGCGACCUACUACGUCGCACUCGACCGCUGGUACCCCCGAGCCCAAUGAGGGUGGAGGCAGUCCUGAUUCGAGGAAGGUGCCCCGUCGCAGCUUCCUGAGCAAGAGGUCCGUUAGCGGGGUUUAA